AUGUCUGCCGCACCCCUCUCCCAGGCGGACCUGGACGAGAUAUACGCCUUCGCGGUGGACUUAGGCCGCAAGGCCGGCGAUCUGUUGAUGGAGCGUGUAGAGCAGCGCAUUUCCGGCAGCGAUGGUCACUCACAGAAGUUUGAAGAGAAAGAGAAUGCCGUUGACAUUGUGACUCAAACCGACGAGGACGUCGAGGUAUUCAUUCGCAACAGACUGCAAGCCAAAUAUCCCUCACACAAAUUCCUGGGCGAAGAAACCUACGCCAAGGGCCAGUCGCGCGACUACCUGAUCGAUGAGCAGCCGACAUGGUGUAUCGACCCCCUAGACGCCUUGCUAACCGGUACCCCCGUCUUUUUAGGAACCGUCAACUACACGCACCUUUUCCCGAUGUUCUGCGUGUCUAUCGGGUUUAUUGUGAAUCACCGCCCAGUCAUCGGCGUCAUCUAUGCGCCUUUCCAGGACCAGCUCUUCUCCGCGUGCAGCGGACGCGGCGCCUGGCUGAACGAGAAGCGCCGCCUCCCACUUAUCCGGAAUCCCUGCCCGCCGAUGCCGCCGAAUGCUCCGGCGCAGUGCAUUUUCUCCUGUGAAUGGGGCAAGGAUCGGCGCGACAUCCCCGACGGCAAUCUACAGCGCAAGAUCGAGAGCUUUGUCAAUAUGGCAUCCGAGCUGGGGUCGCGCGAUGGUAAGGGCGGCAUGGUGCACGGGGUGCGGAGUCUCGGGAGCGCGACGCUGGAUCUGGCGUAUACGGCUAUGGGGUCAUUUGAUAUUUGGUGGGAAGGUGGUUGUUGGGAAUGGGACGUCGCUGCGGGUAUCGCUAUCCUCCUCGAAGCCGGCGGUCUCGUCACCACUGCCAAUCCGCCCGACAACCCAGAGACUGCGCCCAUCGAGGACGUGAGACUGGGCAGCCGGCUCUAUCUAGCAAUCAGACCCGCAGGCCCAUCAGCCACCGAAACAGGCCGUGAGUCGCAGGAGCGUACCGUGCGGGAAGUCUGGCGGCGGGUCCGCCAUCUACCCUAUUCCCGGCCAGGGGCAUGA